ACAGUUUGUUGGAUGAGAUCAACAGGGAGAAAGCUACCCUCAAGGAGCUGUCCCUCCAGGUUCAAUCAGAACGACAAAGACUUGAUGCUGUGGUGAAGGAGAUUUUCUUGAAAGAAAAAGCGCUGGAUGAUCAGCUCAGGGAGGCCAGCAGACAGACCCAAGAGCUGCAAACCAUGAAGAACAAGAUGCUUGCAGAAAGAGAUGAACUCCAAACUCUGAGGAACAAUGUUGCCUGGAAGAACCAAGAGGCGGAAGCUGCCCAGAAAGCCAUCAAUGAAGAGAAAGAAGAGCUGAGCCAGAAGAAAUCUGACAUUGAUCAAGAAAUACAAAAGCUUCUGAAUGACAGAGACCAACUGGAAGAACAAGGAGCUGAGCUCCAGAGGAGAGAGAAUCAAGUCAGGAAUGAAAUGCAGUCAGUCCAGACGAUGAUAUUGACACUUCAGCGUCUGGGCAAGAAGACAUUGGAGGAUGUGAAGAAGAAAAUGGACAAUUUGAACCAGGACAUGGACAAAACUUUACGUUUGCAGAAUGAAUUGGAACAACAGAUCGCAGAUGCUGAUGGCAAGAAAAUACUUGUGGAGAACUACAAUGAAAUCAUAAAGAGCCUCUGGGAAGAUUUGGCAAAUGUCUCCUCAAGGAUUUUGACCGAAGGAGACGAUGCAACCAGUCAAAGGACACAACAGGUUGACUUGGAAAAGCAAGAUCUUGAGAUGCAAAGAGUACAGCUUGAACAAGACAAACUAAAUCUGGAUCAAAUGGCUGACAGGAUGAAGAAAGACAAACAGGACAUGGAGGUACUGGUGGAUGACAUCCACAAGCAAACGGUCAUCCUUGUUGAGGAAAACAAUGAGUCUGAAAAUCUUUUAACAAUGGAUGUUGUCCUGAGCGAUGACAUUCGUCAACAUUCUGUUUCUGCCAUCGAAGAAAAUGAGCCAUGUUUUGAAAAUGACAACGCUCCUGAUGAUGAGCGCAAAGUUUUGUCCUCCAAAACUGGGAGGAUGGAAAUACAGCCCCAUCCCUUGACACCUACACAUGACCUGCAGCCAACUAUGAUAAACUUCCUUGGUUGUUUUACAUCUAAUGUGAAACAGUUACAUCAAAAAAUAAAUCAAAUCCUCAAUGUAAGUGAGGACAUUGUCAAAGAGAGAAGUGAAUCAAUGUCUCACCUCAUGUCAAGGUUUGCGUCGGUGCUCAAUCUAAUGGAAAAGCUAACAUUUGAAAUAAAUUGUUGUCAUGAUGUCAUCAAACAACAAAAGAGUGAUAUUGAGAGAAGACAAUGUGACAAAGCCAUACAGACUGAUGUUGUGGUGACAGACUUGUUUCCCAGUCCAGGUGUUGAAAAACACAGUUCAGAUCGUCUGGAACGCAAGCUUCAGUUUUUUGAUCGUCAACAGCAGAGUCUUCUUUUAGUAUCAGAAAAUAAAAAAUUGGAAGAUGCACUGAAAUUUCAAGCAUCCCAGACAUCAGCAGAAGAUGAAGCUUCAGAUCAAGACAUGUCGAAGAGGCAUCUCUUACGCAAAAUGUGGAAGAACACCAACAUGGAGCGACAGGAGAUCAACCAGAUGAAGAGCAGAGGCCUGGAAAUGAGAAACAACUUGGAGGAACGACUGAAGGUGAUCAAUCAUUCUGUUCGGAGAACCUUAUUACAUAAAGAAAAUACAGUCGGGGGAAAAUCAAGCCUGGACGAAAUUCCACACAAAGACAUAGAACAAGGUCACAAGCAACCCAGUGAAAAAUACAGUGAGCUCCAGCAGCUCAAACUCAUUUUGCUCAGUGACAUCGAGAAACUCCACAUCAGGGAAAAACUGUCUCGGACAAUAACAACAUGCGACCAAGCUAAUCAAACUGUGCUGGGUGAUAUCAGCAUGACAAGUACAAGAGCAGAGCAAGCCCAGAGCUUGACCUCUGACCCCAUCAGCAGAGAGGAGAUCAGGGCAGAAGACAGUGCUGAAGGGACAGCUGCUGGUUUCCUCUGUCAGCUCUGCAAUUACUGCUGCUCUACCUGCUGCAAGCAACGACACCUGAAGAAGUGACGCCUGGCGUUUUGGUUGUUUCCACUCUCAUGCCCACAUUUAACUUCAACUCGUACAACUGUGAUGUUUUUGUGUCCUGGAAGUUCUCCAGAAGACUUAUUUCCUCCAGUUCACCCUCAGCCUGACACAAACUGAUGCUUUUGAAUUCCAACUCUUCUUCUGACCGGCACGCAGCAUGAAGGGCUUGUAAUUUGACAGCAGCCUCAUCAUCAGGCCAGGAGCUUUGAUAACUGUUCUGAUGAACUGUGAUGUUUGGGACAAAUAUUAGACAGAAUAUACAAACAUUUUUGUUUUUCCUAAACUCUAACUGCUUGUAAAUAUUUUCAGCUUGCCUAGUCUAUAUCCCACCAUGAUUUAUUUUUAGUUUACAGUUGAAUUUUCAUAUUUGAAGUAAUAACCUCCUUUGUGUUCAUUAUAUAUACGUUUCAGAAUAAACUCUGCCAAGCUCUUUAUCUGUAUUGUUGCUGACUGACUAAUUAUGAGCUAGUUUUGAAGUAUAUUACUUGUUAAUUUUAGUUUUUGCAGAAGCAGAUUAGAAAUUGUGUGCAAAAAAUAGAAGAGUCCAUGCAAUUCAAUGCUUGAUGUGAAAAAGAUCAAAUUCCUUGUUGAAUAAAACUUUCUUCAAUUAAAAAUAAAAAUAAUAAACCAA